ACUGCCAGUGUUGCCAGACUGGCGGUGUGAUGUAAUUUGGUUUUUAUACACCGUCUGCGAAUUACAUUAAAAAUGUCACUUAAAACCGUGUUUUUAAGUGCUCUCCGGAGUAUUACCUUGCCAGCUGUGCCCCUCCAGACCUCCCGGAUUCACACGAGCGUUUGCUGGCGCAAGGCGGAGGACCGCAAGGAAAUGCUGGCAUCUUUGCCGGCCAAAGACGAGGGAACCGUGGGCGAAAAGACGGUGGACAUAGACACACUUAUCAACCGCAAGGCCAAGUUCUUCCCGGACGCCAGCACCGCCACCCAGUUGUUUAAUGGAACGCCCUUCAACGAGCUGCCCAUCUGCAACAUUCGGGUUUCGCCCAACAACACAAUUAUUUCUGUGACGGAUCACAAAGGAGUCCUAAGGCUGAUACGAUCCUGCGGCAUUGAAGGCUUCAAAAACACUCGCAAGGGAACCAACAUCGCCGCUCAGGCUACCGCAGUCACCAUUAGUGGAAAAGCCAUUGAACUGGGUUGGAAGACAGUGCGAGUAAAGGUCCGUGGUCUUGGCCCUGGAAGAAUGUCGGCGAUCAAGGGCUUGCAAAUGGGUGGCCUAAACAUUGUCUCCAUAACCGACAACACACCUGUUUCAUUUAAUCCGCCAAGGCCCCGAAAACAAAGGAGUCUUUAAUCUUCAACUUGUUUAGGACCUUUGUUUAUAAACAAAAUACACUAAUAGCCGAUAAAAAAAAAAACAAAAAAUUGAUCUUUGUAUUGGAAUAAACGACACAGUCACGGUGAGUGAGUUUUAAAGGAAA